CUUCUCUGGUCCAGAGUCGAUGGACGGGGUCGCCAUCCCUGGCGGGGCGGCCGCGUUGCCGGCCUGGGUGGUGCUGGCGCUGGAGGCCGCGGCCUACCUGGGGCCAGGGUGGGGUCCAGGGCAGGCGGCCUGCCCUGACCUCUCGUGCCCCGCCUGCCCUGCGUGCCCAGAGGCGGCGGCCUGCCCUGAGGCCGUGGCUUGCCCGGCUUGCGAGCCGCCUCCCUGCGCGGCUUGCCCGGCCUGCGAGCCGCCGCCGUGUGCUGCCUGCCCGGCCUGCGUGGCGAGGGCGUGCCCGACGGUGUCGACGGGCGAGAAGGCGGUCGAGAAGCUCGCUGGAGCGCUGCUCGGAGGGCUGGUGCACUGGCUGGUGGGAAAGGUCUGCCGGUUCGCCGACGACGACGUCGACCACGAGCGAGUGCUGCUACACUACGUGGCGGAGGGCGGGUGGAUCAUCCUGACCCCAGAUGGGGGCAUCUACGCUGAGGACAUGAGCUGUGAGAACCCCGAGACGGGGCCUUGUCGAGCCUUCCCGUUGGCGUUGGGGACGCGGAAGAUGCGGAGGCUGUAUCGCUUCGGUGAGGUGCUGGGGCCCGACGAGUUGGCCGACGCGCUGACACGGGGCCGGCAGGCGGCGCUGGAGAUAGACGCUGCCUUGCCUGAGCCGAGGGAGACAGUGGCCGUGAGCGGCCAACGGGUCUCGUGGCAGGAGGCUGCCGGCAAGCUGUCGGCCGCAGAGCGAGCCGGCCUGCUGCGCCUGGGCAUGGCCGUGGCUCGCCUGGGCGGGAAGCUGCUGGAGGCUCCUGGUGCGGGUCAGGCCUGGAUCGCCCUCAGCGGCGGGCCCGGCGUCGCGAUCGGGGCGGAGGGCGACGUGGCGAACGCCGAGGGCCUGAGCUUCGAGGACGGGCCUGAGCCUUUCGGCGUGCUGAGGACCGCAGACGGCUGCAGGGUGCGUCUCGCUCGGCUGGACGCUGGGUCGGCCCCUGGGCGCGUGGCCGAGGAGGCCGCGGUCUGGCAAGAUCUGGACGGAGGCCAUGCGCGGGCCACGGGCCCCGAGCGCCGACGUGCAGCGGCCGCAGCGCCACUCGAGGAUGGUGAGCCCGCCGAGCCCGUCGGCGGCACGGCUACGCCCGAGCUGGCGCUGCCUCCCCUGGCGGAGCCGCGGGAAGAGGAGCGAGACGCCGACGCCCGCGCGCUCUGGGUCGACUACGACGAGCAGGGCGAGCGGUUCAAGCGCUGGCGGGACGUGGUAGGCGAGUCGAGGCAGGAGCACCACCCGGACGCGAAGGUGGACGGACCGCCUGGGGCUCUCCACAUGCUGAAGGACAUGGAGAGGCACGGCGGCGACCCGCGCCUCUGGCUCGACCUCUUCAUCCACAUGAAGGGGCUCGGGCAGAAUGACUGCGUCGUGCACGAGCUGAGGGCGAUCGUGGGGGCUUUGUACCAGGGCGGGGUAUAUGUCCAGCUGAACAUGGGCGGCCUCAUGAUGGUGGAGGUGCUGACUCGCCGUGUCGCCGCAGUGGUGGAUGCCUACUCGGACCCGACCAAGCCGAGCUGGACGAACGCGCGCUUCUUCGAGGGCGUGAGCUCGGUGGAGGACGUCUCGGGGCCAGAGCUCAGGGGCUACGUCCACCGGCGGGCGAAAGAGCAGCACGAGAUAGAGCAGGCGCAAGCCCGCAGCCUCCUGCCGCUCCCGCUGCUGGGCGACGGAGGCCGCCGAAUUCGCGGCAGGUCUUGCAGGGCGAGGCAGUUCGGUCGUGAGGAUCGGAUUGCGUCGGAGGUCAACGGUAUCGUCGAUGCCAUCAACUGGAUGUCGGGAUGCGACUCGCAUCCUGGCCCAGCCAAUGACAUGCAGCGGGAUGUACUUGCGCGCUUCGAGGGCCUCGUGCGGGGCCGGCAGCCGGACGCCAAGAUGCAGGAGCCACAGGCGGCCCUCCGGGAGCUGCUGCGGGGCCGCUCGCCAUAUGAUGGGCGCGGCGGCCCGACGACGGUCGCCUCCUACAGUGCAGGGCUCGUCAGCAUGCCGACGGACGUGAGCGACUGCCCGCGUCUUGAGGACCUCUUGCCUGGCGAGGCCCUUACCUUCCUGCAGGAGCGCCAAGAGCGCAUGUUACGAGAGUCACCUUUGCCGACCGACGUCGAGCCGUACUUCGAUUCGGUCCUCAAGUUCAACCACAAGGAGUACCGCGGCCUGGUGCGUCGGCUGCUGGCAGCUGGCAUCCUGGGGUGGACUCUGACACCGAAAGAGAGGAUUGGGAUGUUUUUCGUGUGGAAGGAUGGGCGGCGCCGACUUCGCCUCAUAGUCGACGCCCGCCGUACGAACGCCCACUUCAGAGAUCCGCCUGGAGUGGAGUUAUUGAGCAGCGAGGGCCUCGCCAGGAUCGAGGUGCACAUGCCGGACGCGGGCUUCUCCAGCUACGAGGACCUCCGCGCCGCGCUGCAGGCGCAGCAGGUGUACAUCGGCAUGGCGGACGUGAAGGACUGCUUUCAUCGAAUGCGUAUCGAUUCAGCUCUCUCGCAGUAUUUUUGCCUGCCGCCGGUCAAGGCUGGGGCCUUCGGCGUGGCCGAGGUCGAGGGGGCCAAGGUACGGGCGUCGACGGCCAUUUACCUCUGCUGGCAGGAGGUCAGGCACUACGUGUACGUCGACAACCUGGGGGUCUUCUCGCUGUUUUCUGAGCUCGUGAGCGGCGUGAUGAACCAGCUGACGGGCGAGUUCACCGAGCUGAACCUACUCUUGCACAAGGACGAGCUGGUGCCGGGCAUGGCAGUGGCGCUUGGCACGGAGAUCGACGGCAGCCAGUUGCGCACUCGUGUGGCCAGUGAUCGGUUCUGGCGUUGCCGCCAGGCCGUGCGAGGCCUCCUAGCCCGCCGCCGUGUGAAGGGGUGGGCCGUGGAGGCGGUGCUGGGCCAUCUAACCUUUUGUGGCCUCUGCUCGCGCGGCACCCUGUCAGCUUUCAAUUCAGUGUACGGCUUUGUGCGAGCCCACUACGAGGAGGCGGCCGUGCUAUGGGCCGAGGCGCGGCGAGAGCUGGCCGCCUUCAGCUCCCUGAUGUACUUUUUGGAGUCAGACUGGUGGCUGCCUUGGAAUCCGAUGGUGCAGCAGUCUGAGGCCAGUCUUCACGGCUACGGGCUGGCAAGAGCUUUCUGGCCGCAGGAGCUGGUGGAGUCAGUCGGGCGCGUGCCUGAGCGAGCCCGCUUUCGCCGGCGCUGUGCGCACAGUGCUCGAGAGGCUGCGCUCUGUGCAGCUGGCUUCAGCAUGAGUGAGAGUGGGAAAUGGGAACUCAAGGGCCUUCCCGAGGACGAGGAGGAGCUGGGCCAGUGGGACGUCGUGAGGGACUUCCCGGAGGUGCCCGCCCAGGGGCUCCGCUCAGGCCUGUGGGGGCCCUGUUUCGCGAGGGCCUGGCAGCACCCUGAGGGCAUCUUGACCUUGGAGGCCCGAGCCCUGGUCAGCAGCAUCCAUCGUAUCGCCACCACGGUCAAGGAUGAACUCGCCGUCAUUGGGCGCACUGUGAGCGGCAAUGCGAGCAGCCAUGCGGAUCGAAGCAAAGCGCUGGAGAAGAUCCAACGGUCUUGGUUCAAGCACCGGCGUCUUCUUCAGAACAACGCCUUACCUUUCGCAUCCCGGGCGCAGAUGUGGACGAGACACGCGGAGAGCAUCUUCAAUUUCUACGCCGGGACGUGGGUCCUUGGGAGACAGAUGGUGAACGCCUUGGAUACGGUUCAGCUCCGACACGUCGCCGCGAUCAGCAAGAUCCCACGCCUACCAUUUGAAGAAGCUCGGCGGGCCCGGCGGGCCCGAGCAGCUCGACCCCACAUCGGCAGACGGUGGGUUUAUCGCCAUCAGUCGGGCCAUGAAUUGGCUACGACACCUUCGCCGUCACCCUGAUUAUCCAGCUUCGCUACUUCUGCGGUGUCAGGACAGAGAGUGGUUGCAACAGCGCCGCGCGCAGUAUCACCAGCGAGCACACAGGGGAGAAGGAUUCAGGGGAGGCCGGACGGCCACGAGAGUGACCGGAGGGCAGCCGGCACGAUGGGAAGGGGCAUGGGCGGAAACUCUUGACCACGCCCCGGACCGACGCCAGGCGUCCGAGGCGGAGGUUGCAAGGGCACGCAAGGCUGUGUAGCAAGUGGGGAGUGAGCGAGGUCGCUGUGUAGCAAGCAGCCGCUGUAUAGCAAGUAGUUUUGUUGCAAGUAGGGCUUAUUAUAGCCGCCG